UCAGCGAGGGGAGAGGAAGAGGCUGAGUGAGGAUGAGGAGGGUCUCCUGGCUCCGCCCUGCAGAUGUUCACCAGCUGGCUCCUCGGCUCCUCUCACUGAUUGGACAGAAGUCUGCUGUCCAGCCCGGAGGCCUCAGGACGUCUGCAGACCAGCUGGAGAGACGUUUUCGCUCCACUUCAGUCUUUCUUGUAUCGAACACAACAAGCAGCAUCAGAACAGCUGACGAACAGAAAGCGUCCACUGAAACGUCCAACACGGCCCGGCGGAACCAAACUAACAACCAGCCGUCCUCAAGUCAAGCUCCUAAAAAUAAAGGAGUGACCCCCACAUUCCACAGCGUCCGCUUUGCUCCGCCCCAUUGGCUCCAACCCCGCCGCGUGCGCUCCGCUGCGUCUCGGUUCCGCCGGCCGGAGAAGCUGAGCAGCCGUGCGCUGCUGACCUCCGACCUCCAGAAGCAGAGCAGCCGUGCGCUGCUGACCUCCGACCUCCAGAAGCAGAGCAGCCGUGCGCUGCUGACCUCCGACCUCCAGAAGCAGAGCAGCCGUGCGCUGCUGACCUCCGACCUCCAGAAGCAGAGCAGCCGUGCGCUGCCGACCUCCGACCUCCAGAAGCAGAGCAGCCGUGCGCUGCCGACCUCCGACCUCCGACCUCCAGAGCUGAGCAGUCUGGGAAGCACUGGCAUCUUUCUCUGUACGUCCUGGCAGAAAGGACGGCUGGGGUCAGAUCAAACUUUAUGAUUCUCCACUUCCAGAGUCAGCGUCUCUUCAUCCUGGCUGUUGUGCUUCAACACGCUGAAUUUCGUGCGACAGGAUGUUGAAAUUCAGGCCUUUCAGAAUAAAAUGCAUACAUGGUCCUGAAUAUGUAUUUUGUAGAAAACACGAAAUUUAUGGACAAUAGCCUGCAAACGGGCCGUACAUGCAGCUGUGUGAACGUUCAGAAACGUUCAACUACAGCUUGAUUACAGACAAAAUAGAGGUUUGUCAAAUAAAACUUUACAGUGUGUUCUAGUUUUCAUUUGCCCGCUUUUUAAAGUGUACAUUUUAAUCAGUGUGGUUUGUCUGUUCGUGAUAUAUCUGAAACUUAACGUGGGGACAAAUAAAACGUC